CUCGCUCUUAUUAGUUUUUGUCUAGUUGGCUCUCUCUCUCUCUCUCGCUCACUGUUGAAGAAGAAGAAGAGACGCAACACAACAUUAACAAAAGUUCAAAACCAGAAGAUCAACAACACAGUGAAACAAACACAGAGAAGAACCUCAAGCAACCCAAAGCAUUCAACAUCAACAGACGCAGCAAACAAAAGCAAUGGCCAAGUUACUAUACGCUGUAGCCAUCCUCCUGAUCUGGGCCACAAUCUCUCUCAUGGUUUCAUCAUCCACUGUUGAAGCAAGUGGAGACCUUCCGUGGAUACCCACCACCGCCACCGGCUUAGUCUCCGGGAACGAUGAGUUCGACCUUGACUCGGAGAUCAACCGGCGCAUCUUAGCCACCAGCGGCUACAUCAGCUACGGUGCACUGCAGAGGAACACUGUCCCCUGCUCCAGGCGCGGCGCCUCCUACUACAAUUGCCAGCCUGGGGCUCAGGCCAACCCCUAUAGCCGCGGCUGCAGCGCCAUCACAAGGUGCAGGAGUUAAUCUUUUUGGGUCAUUUUGGAAGUGGGGUUUGAUUGUUAUAGAGAAAGAGGGUUUGGUUGUGGAUGAUGUGUCAUUGUUGUUAUUAUUGAUGGAAUAUAUUGAUGUUUAUGAUCAAAAUCAUAUUUGAAUAUGAUCUCUGUAAAAGAUUCAUUUUAUUGCUUAAUUCUUUUCUUCAAUCU